AUGCAACUCUCCAAAAUCACUUUCGCUAUUGCAUUAUAUGCAGUCGGAAUUGCAGCACUUCCCACUCCGGCCAGCCUAAAUGGCAACACUGAGGUCGCAACCAUCUCCGACGUUAAACUUGAAGCUCGCAGCGACCAUUAUCAAAAAUGCUCCAGAUGCGGCUUUAGCAGCGAUGAUCCCCACGAGUACGUGAAUCACAAAUGCAACCGAUCGCGUGACUGA